CACAUGUAAAUGGGAUGGGGGGUGUAGUCGUGUCACCUCAUCUCUCUCUCAUCCAUUCCUGAUGCUCCAGUGAUACAGACUGAACUUAAACACUUGACUUCACAGAUCCGUCGGGAGAUUCUCUUCAGGUCCAAAACUCAUGAACAUGUAGCCUACAAGACUAAUGGAUUGAUGACUGAGCAUCUGUGAUCUAUCUGACGAUCUUCAUUCAAAAUUUCCCAAACUCUUUAUUUUCCACAAUAAAUUUGUUCGGAAAAUGUCAAAGGGACUGUCGGGAUUUUCUGUCCGUGAUAUUUUAAACUUUCGCGACAGGAAAGACGAAGGAUCAGUGACUGAAGAUGAGGCAGAUGAAGAACUUGAGAAUAAAUCUGAAGACAAGCAGACAUCCAUUAAAAACACGCGCUGGCUCCAACCUCAAUGUGGCCAUCAAUAUUCCUCAGCAUCUUCAGGUGGUUUAAAGACAGAAGUGUCCACAGAUGAAUCUCAUGAUGGGCCAGAAAGUUCGGAUAGCUGCACAGAGAAAAGACGCAAACGGAGAAUUUUGUUCUCAAAAGCUCAAACGUUUGAAUUGGAGAAACGCUUUAGACAACAGAGAUAUUUAUCAGUUCCAGAGAGAGAACAGCUCGCUAAAGUGUUAAGAUUAACUCCGACACAAGUGAAGAUUUGGUUCCAGAAUCAUCGGUAUAAAGUGAAAAGGGCCCGGUCGGAGACUCGCGUUCUGCUGAGUGACGACAAGCCGAGUCAUCUUUUCAUCUCAGCUCCAGCAAGUUCAUCAUUUUCGUCUUUUAACAUCAAACAAUUUCCUCAGAUACCCCACAGUAAUAAUAUACGCGCCAAUAUUAUGACGCAACUGACAGCUGUCAAUCAUCUGUCGCACCUGCAGCCGUGGUUGUGA